CCAGAACCACAAUCACAAACCAAAAACUCCGCCAGCGAGAAACAGAGACGAACCAAAAAUGAAAUUCGUGAUUUUGCUGUGCGUGCUCAGUGCACUGUUGCUGCAAAUUGAGGCAUCGCCGGUGCAGUUGCUCUCGAGGAGCGAACGGGCCGUGGCUCGCCAGCAGGCGGUCAACAAUGAUGUGGCACCGGCGGCGGCACCAGCCACCGAUGAUGAUGACGACGACGAGGAGGACGAUGAUGAUGAACCGGAUUUGGGCGAUUUGGUUGAUGACGAUGAUGAUGAUGACGAAGAGGAAGAUGAUGAUGACGACGAGGAGGAUGACACGCCCCAGGGCCAGGCAGCGCCAGCAGCCGGCGCCGCCAGCGACGACGAUGAAGAAGAGGAUGACGAUGACGAUGACUACCUGGACAGACUCUUCGAUGAUAUCCUGGGCGAUGAUGACGAUGAGGAUGAUGACGAUGAGGUGGCGCCCGCUGCCAGUGCACAACAGGCAGCUGCUGCUGCUGCGCCCGUCCAGGCACUUGAAGAAGUGGCGCCCGCUGCGAGCAGCUCGCUGAGCUCGGGCAUUUCUGAUGGUGUCGACUUGCCCGCGGAGAGUGGCAAUGCCGCUGACCCCAUUGCCACUGGCAAUGCUGUUGAGGAUGUGGCUGCGGCGCCCGUACAGACAGCGAGCAGCAGUGGCAACAACAACAACAACGAAGGUGCGCUGACAGGUGACGACGAGGAGGCUGACGACGAUGAUGAUGACGAUGACGAUGAUGAUAUUAUUGGCGAUGACGUCAUCGAGGCCAGACGCGAAGCACGUGAUCUGAAAAACAACAUCAUUGACAUGUCAACGGAUGCAUUCCAAGCGCGCCAUAAUCAUUUCAUCGAUGCCAUAUUCUCUCGCAUAAAUCGCAUUGUCGCCGACAAUUAUGAUCCGUUUGUUGUGCGAUUGGCCGGGCGCUCGGCCACGCCCACAUAUGGGGCAGGUGCUGCAACGAAGACUACAACCAAGACCAAGGGGAAUGGCAAUCACAAGGCGACAACACACAAAAAACUCAAGAACACUCGCUCGGAGCCGCGUGCCUCCUCCGCCUCCUCCUCGUCCGCUGGCACCAUUGGCAGCAGCACCGAGUCAAUCAAAUUGCAAGAGCAAUUGACGCAAUUACAGACUGAGCUCGGCCUCAAAGCAAGGGAGGAGCAGGAUGGCCAAAAGGAGGUGGCAUCCGGAUCUGGCAAAGCGGAAACUCGUACCGUGUUCAAUAGGGAGCAGGGUGCUGCCAAAGUCAACCAAAAGAAAUCCACUGGCACGCAGCAGGCGGCGCAUAAGCACAACCCCAAAAAGCCCGGUGGUGGUGCGGCCCUGAAGGCUGGCACUGGCAACUACAAUAAGCCAGCGGGUGGUGGGGCCUCCAACAAGGCUGGCCCGGAAGUGGAGAAGCUGCAAAAAGCGGAGGGAAGUCUAUCGGGUCUGGCGUCGCUGAAGCGCGUUGGCAACGUGAAGGUGAUCAGCGAUGCGGAAGGACGCAAUUCGACCAUUAAGGCCAAAUUCACGUUGGGCCCACUGACUCUGCGCGUGGAGAAGUCCUUUAAGCGGGGCAGCGUGCGUAACGUGAAGAGCGCCACUGCCAGAACCAACGAGAUGAUCGGACGCAUUAAGUUCAGUGUGCUGGAUGAUCGGGCCACCUUGAUGUCAAUCAAAGUGCAACAGCCCAAACAGGUGGAGGUGGAGAGCAAGGAUAAUCACGACCGGACCCGCGAACUCGUCUGGCGUCGCACGCCCAAAAUUGCCAAGUUGGUCAACGAGAAGCUCAAAUUGGCAGCCGAGUCCCUCUUCACACCGCAGGGCGUUGAGGUUGUCCGGCUCUAAGCGACUGGGAGUUGCCCUCCUUUGCGUGUAGCUCUAACUAACCUAAUUUUAAUGUCUAACUUAUUUAUUUAAAUUAU